GGUCAAAGAAGUCACCUACACAGAGCGUGUUGUUAGAGCUGUGAGGAGCCGGUGUUUGUGCUGUUGGCUGCUUUUUUCCCCCCUCUCUCUCUCACACACUUGUAUAUUAUUUCGAGGUGCUGUUCGUGGAGUUUGAAGGGAGAGAGAAUUAAAAAAAAAAAGCCGCAAGCGUUUCACUUUUUUUUUUAUAAUCCCCUUCAAUUUGGGGUUCAAAACAGGAAGGAAGAAAAAUAAGGAAAUGAGAUGUGGUAAAAGAAGCUAAAAGGUGCCUUUUUGAAAAGAUGGUUGCUGUGAAGUGAAAACAAAAAAAAAAUCUCCAGAGAAACCAAAAAAAAAAAAAAAAAAAGCACCGCCGAGAGACCUCUUCGGAAGCAAAGGAGUUUGUGUUUGCUCUUUAGGGAAGGAGCCAGCUCAUUCAUUCGGAGGAAUAACAGCCAAUUAAAAGACAAAUUACAAAAAAAAAAAAAAAGAAAGUUUGGAGUGGGACGCCGAACGAGCGAGCGAGGAGCGGGCGGAGCGCGGGGAGCGCGCACUUUCCUCGGCCGGGCCCGGGAGGAGCGGACGGACGUCGGAGCCUCGGCGCCGGAGCCUCGGCGGACCAUGCCGGCCGGGGGUCCCUGACGGCCCCGCGGGGAAUGCGGAGCGAGCCCGGGCGCCGGCAGCCAGCCGCCCGCGUCCCGCCCGGAGCCUCUCCCCUCGGAGCCGGCCGCCGCCGCCGCCUCCUCCUCCUCCUCGGGGCCAUUAAAGCCGAUGAGCCGCGCGCCUCGGCCCGGCGCAGCCCACUAGAUCGGCUUCUGGAUGAUUCGCGACCUGAGCAAGAUGUACCCGCAGACCAGACACCCGGCACCGCAUCAGCCCGCUCAACCCUUUAAAUUUACAAUUUCCGAAUCCUGUGAUCGGAUUAAGGAGGAGUUUCAGUUUUUACAGGCUCAGUACCACAGUCUGAAGCUGGAAUGUGAGAAACUGGCCAGUGAGAAGACAGAAAUGCAGCGGCACUACGUCAUGUAUUAUGAAAUGUCCUAUGGGUUGAACAUAGAAAUGCACAAACAGGCCGAGAUUGUCAAGAGACUGAAUGCUAUCUGUGCCCAAGUCAUUCCUUUCCUGUCCCAAGAGCACCAGCAACAAGUGGUGCAGGCUGUGGAACGGGCCAAGCAGGUGACCAUGGCAGAACUGAACGCCAUCAUUGGGGUACCACAGAAGAAAAAUAAGCUGAUGGCGACUAGUAACUUACAGCAACAACUCCAGGCCCAGCAUUUGUCACAUGGACAUGGUCUGCCUGUGCCUCUGACGCCGCAUCCCUCGGGGCUGCAGCCUCCUGCCAUUCCACCCAUCGGUGGCAGUGCUGGUCUUCUGGCCCUCUCCAGCGCCCUGGGAGGCCAGUCCCAUCUUCCAAUUAAAGAUGAGAAGAAGCACCAUGAAAAUGAUCACCAAAGAGACAGAGACUCCAUCAAGAGCUCCUCUGUGUCCCCGUCAGCCAGCUUCCGAGGCGCCGAGAAACACAGGAACUCCACGGACUACUCCUCGGAGAGCAAAAAGCAGAAGACAGAAGAGAAGGAAAUCGCAGCUCGCUACGAUAGCGACGGUGAGAAGAGUGAUGACAACUUGGUGGUUGAUGUGUCCAAUGAGGACCCCUCUUCCCCCCGAGGGAGCCCUGCACAUUCCCCGAGAGAGAAUGGCCUGGACAAGACGCGCCUGCUCAAGAAAGAUGCCCCCAUCAGCCCCGCGUCCAUUGCGUCUUCCAGCAGUACUCCUUCGUCCAAAUCCAAAGAACUCAGCCUUAAUGAAAAGUCUACCACUCCUGUCUCAAAGUCCAAUACCCCCACUCCACGAACUGACGCUCCCACUCCAGGCAGUAACUCCACUCCCGGACUGAGGCCUGCACCUGGAAAACCACCAGGAGUUGACCCCUUGGCUUCCAGUCUGAGGACCCCAAUGGCAGUACCUUGUCCAUAUCCAACCCCAUUUGGUAUCGUGCCCCACGCUGGCAUGAAUGGAGAGCUGACCAGCCCCGGAGCCGCCUAUGCUGGGCUGCACAACAUCUCCCCACAGAUGAGCGCUGCCGCUGCUGCUGCUGCUGCCGCCGCCGCCUACGGACGGUCACCCGUGGUGGGAUUUGAUCCACACCAUCACAUGCGUGUGCCUGCAAUACCUCCGAACCUGACGGGCAUUCCUGGAGGAAAGCCGGCCUAUUCCUUCCACGUGACGGCGGACGGCCAGAUGCAGCCCGUGCCCUUCCCCCCCGACGCCCUCAUCGGCCCCGGGAUCCCCCGCCACGCUCGCCAGAUCAACACCCUGAACCACGGGGAGGUGGUGUGCGCCGUGACCAUCAGCAACCCCACGCGACACGUGUACACCGGCGGCAAGGGCUGUGUCAAGGUCUGGGACAUCAGCCACCCAGGCAAUAAGAGUCCCGUAUCGCAGCUCGACUGUCUGAACAGGGAUAACUACAUCCGUUCCUGCAGAUUGCUCCCCGAUGGUCGCACCCUCAUAGUGGGAGGGGAGGCCAGCACUUUGUCCAUUUGGGACCUGGCAGCUCCCACCCCGCGCAUCAAGGCCGAGCUCACGUCCUCGGCCCCCGCCUGCUACGCACUGGCCAUCAGCCCCGAUUCCAAGGUCUGCUUCUCCUGCUGCAGCGACGGCAACAUCGCCGUGUGGGACCUGCACAACCAGACGCUCGUGAGGCAAUUCCAGGGCCACACGGACGGAGCGAGCUGCAUCGACAUCUCCAACGACGGCACCAAGCUCUGGACGGGCGGCCUGGACAACACGGUCAGGUCCUGGGACCUGCGCGAGGGCAGGCAGCUGCAGCAGCACGACUUCACCUCGCAGAUCUUUUCUCUGGGCUACUGCCCUACGGGAGAGUGGCUCGCGGUGGGGAUGGAGAACAGUAACGUGGAAGUCUUGCAUGUCACCAAGCCCGACAAAUACCAGCUACAUCUGCACGAGAGCUGUGUGCUGUCACUCAAGUUUGCCCACUGUGGCAAGUGGUUUGUAAGCACUGGGAAAGACAACCUCCUGAACGCCUGGAGGACACCUUACGGGGCCAGUAUAUUCCAGUCCAAAGAAUCCUCAUCGGUGCUUAGCUGCGACAUCUCUGUGGAUGACAAAUACAUCGUCACUGGCUCUGGGGACAAGAAGGCCACGGUUUAUGAAGUUAUUUAUUAAGGACAGACCUUCGUGCAGACUGGACUCCUCCUCCUUGUAGCACUUUGCGCUCUCAUCCUUUUAUGUUCACCCCGCCCCCACAUCUAAAACCAAGGAUUUCAGCUACUCAUUGCAGUUGUGGAGUGUAAUGCCCUUCCUGAACCCCACUUCCUCCUUGCUGUUGAAUUGUGAAUAUUCCUUAAGAACCUGUGAUACCAAAUCCGCAGCCGUCUACUAGGAAGAACAUGGGAUAGCAUACUGAGCAGUGGCCGGGAUCUUUAAUGAUGUAUUAUAUCUGUAAUAUAUUUAUUUUGUUUAAAGAAGGCUUUCUAACAAUGACUAAAUAAAGCUAUCUGCUCCCGCGUUGAUCCUGAAGGUGCGUCGAAUUGGUACCCCGCUCCCCACCCCCCCUUUCUUGACAAAGGAGGGGAAAGAAAAGUUGAAGAGAAUUGAUUCAAAUGUCAUUAAAUGUAGGCUAAUGACUGUAUAGAGACAUGAGAUGUAUAAUUACACAUGGAAGCAAUAUGUUGCUGUGUUAUUAGGUUUUUUUGUUUCGGUUUUCUGCUUACUUUGAAGAAGUUUGGAAUUUUGGCUGAAUAAUUAAAACAUGAGAGGCCAAGUCAUGUUCAUUUGAGUCCAUUCAGACGAUUGAAACCAGCCUCUCUAGCUUUAGAUUAUAUUGGAUAAAAGUAAUUGGACUUUUUCCUCUUUUCCUUUUUUGACUUACUGACAAGCGUCUUUGUAAUAACGUUUUUAAUUCCCUUUUUUUAUUGUAUGUAUUAUAGACAGAUGAACAAAUUAAAUUGGGCCUCAAAGAGAGAACUUAAUCCCUUCUGGAUAUUUUUUUGCCAUGUUUCUUUGCAAAGGGAGAUGUACAUCUCCGAGUAGAAAUUACCAGCUACUUUGUGGCAUGCUCUCAUGGAGCAGCACGGAUACAGGAGGACCCCUGCCGCUGUGUGCACAUCAGGCCUUGCACACGACAAGGACAGCCGAGGAGAGUCCACAGCCCUCCCCCUGCCAGCACAGAGAAUGGACCCUUUCCUGGGAGGAGGGCUUGGCUCCUUUCCCUCCGGUUCUUUCCAUGUCUUAGUUGGAUGUUCCUUGAAAUGGACACAGGCUGUGCCAUUGUGCCAGAAACAUUGUGUUAAUCUUUUAUGUUGUUGUUGUUGCUGUUAAACUAUAAUAUGUGACUCCUUUUUUUUAUUAUUAUUAUUUUAUGUUUGAAUGCUUUACAAAUCUUUUUAAGUCUGUGGAUCUGCUGAUGUACAGUGCCUUUGCUGCUAUGGAUCAAAAAUCAAAAGAACCAUGUAGAUAAACUUUAUUGUAUAAGUAGAAAAUGACUUAAUUUCAUACUAGAAAUGGAUGGAUGCUGCAAGUUGAAAUGGACUGUCCAUUGACGUUCCUAAUGUGGUAGCAGAAGAAAACCGGUGUCUUAAGUGCUUAGUGUUUGAUGUCAUUAACAGUUUCGUAAAACUCCACAGUGUAGAAAGAUUUUGAUACUAAACUGUGCAUUGUACAUAGUUCUAAUGCAUUGUAUUGACUGCCAGUACUUCUAAUGGUAGAUUGUUUGUGCAUUCAGACUUUUAAGCAUUAAACAUAAUUAACUUCUAA